AUGACGGUGCUCAGAGCUCAGCCAGCGUCAACAACUCGCCUCAAACUCUUCCCACCAUGUCGACAAGUGGCGUCAAGCUCCGCCCACCUCGUCAACAAGGGGCGUCAAGCUCCGCCCACCUCGUCAACAAGGGGCGUCAAACUCCGCCCACCUCGGCAACAAGGGGCACCAAGCUCCGCCCACCUCGUUAACAAGGGGCACCAAGCUCCGCCCACCUCGUCAACAAGGGGCGCCAAGCUCCGCCCACCUCGUCAUCAAGGGGCACCAAGCUCCGCCCACCUCGUCAUCAUGGGGCACCAAGCUCCGCCCACCUCGUCAGCAGGGGGCAUCAAGCUCCUCCCACCUCGUCAACAAGGGGCGUCAAGCUCCGCCCACCUCGUCAACAAGGGGCGUCAAGCUCCGCCCACCUCGGCAACAAGGGGCACCAAGCUCCGCCCACCUCGUCAGCAGGGGGCGCCAAGCUCCGCCCACCUCGUCAUCAAGGGACACAAAGCUCCACCCACCUCGUCAGCAGGGGGCGCCAAGCUCCGCCCACCUCGUCAUCAAGGGGCACCAAGCUCCGCCCACCUCGUCAACAGGGGGCGCCAAGCUCCGCCCACCUCGUCAACAAGGGGCGCCAAGCUCCGCCCACCUCGUCAGCAGGGGGCGCCAAGCUCCGCCCACCUCGUCAUCAAGGGGCACCAAGCUCCGCCCACCUCGUCAGCAGGGGGCGCCAAGUUCCGCCCACCUCGUGAACAAGGGGCGCCAAGCUCCGCCCACCUCGUUAUCAAGGGGCACCAAGCUCCGCCCACCUCGUCAGCAGGGGGCGCCAAGCUCCGCCCACCUCGUCAACAAGGGGCGCCAAGCUCCGCCCACCUCGUCAGAAGGGGCGCCAAGCUCCGCCCACCUCGUCAACAAGGGGCGCCAAGCUCCGCCCACCUCGUCAACAAGGGGCACCAAGCUCCGCCCACCUCGUCAACAAGGGGCGCCAAGCUCCGCCCACCAACGUAA